GUAAUUAUAGUCAUGGUAUUUGCGUUUGAUUACAAAAUUAGGUACAGGAGCAAGCAGUUUAUGCAUAAAUUUAUUUAAAGUUUUGAUUAUUAGGAGAUUUUGUCAUAUUCGAACUUAAUGCACAAGCCAGAGUUCGUACGUGACGUCCAAGGGAACUGGUGCAUAACUUUAUCUGGAGGAAAAAGUGAGAAAGUAAUACAGUGCGUUAGGAAUAAAGAGAGAAAGAAGAGUGAGAAUGAUAAUGAAAAGAUGACUUUCUGGUCAAGAUAUGAUCCGGUGAUACAGCCGCGCGGAAAUACAGAUCACUGGACAAAAAUGAAACAAAGGGCUAUACAGUUCCGCUCAUUAGACAAUCCUGCCAGUAUUGGUGCACCAAUGACAUUAGAUCCAAACAUCACACGGGCGCCGUACGCACGAAAGAGCCAAUUAUUGGACAUGACUUUUGACGAUUUUGUUGCAGACGGUUUACAGGGGGCCAUCCCAGGCAGCUACAUGUACACACGACCCCGAAACAGUGUCAGCAGGGAGUCCUGCAGAAGUGCAUUCAACCAAAGAGCACGUGAAGGAUUCCGAUACUGGCUUAUAGAAAGACCCAAGCCCACUAGUUUUUGGAAAUAUUCUUUCGCUGAUGUUCGAAUAAUGCCUCGUGCACGGGUAUUUGUACCGAAAUAGGUACAUUUCGUGUAAUAUUUGGUAAAUACGGAAUCGGAUCCUACAAGACUGUUCUUGGUGUAGGAAAUGCACCCAGGACAUAAAAGACAGCCCUAUUUAAUCAGAAAAUUUUACUUCAGUAUUAUACACAAGACUUUGCAGCAAUUAAAAAUUCUGUUGUUGAAAUAUUUAAUGAUAUUGUUAAGCAUUAUAUUAUUUAUGGUUGUUGAAUUUAUUUCUAUGGAAGGUUGUGGGGUUUUCCAAGUCAAUGGACUACAUUAUGAUAUAUAAAUGUCUGCAUAAAUAGUUUAUAAUAAAAUGCAUUUACCGACUUAAA